AUGAACAAUCUUGGUACUGAGCACAACGGCCAGACACUACGCCACAGUCAGCGCCGACAUAGCCACGACGACACGGACGAUCACAUUCUGGACCCUGGAAAGCGACAACAUAAUCAUCCCGCUCAAGGAUCGUCCCACCACGACACCCCAAACACCUUCACCAUUUCUUCCCCAUCAGAAACCAUCACGACGGAGCGCACAUCGCGCCGUGACAAAUAUCUCCACUCUACAAUACCCAAUACCUUUUGGCCUCCUGGCUUCAACAGUCUCCGACGUAUAGUAGUCGGUGCCAUCUGCUGCUCCGCGCUCCCGCCCUUCUCCCUCACCAUGUCCUACCGAUCUAAAAUCCCGGAGACGCCCCGUGUCAUCUCGCCGAGUCCCACCCCCUCCGAGCGCGACGCCUCCGAUUACAUGGGCCCUGUUACACGCUCCGCAGCCCGGAGACGAACACCCACUCCCCAGCCGCUUGAAGAAGACCCCGAUGAGGAUCUGCCCGAGCCCCCCGAGUUUCGAAGGGCCCGAACCCGCAGCCGUUCGCCGAUCGAUACAAACGCCGUGACGCGCCUGACAAAACGGACAAGCACUGCUGCGAAGGUGGGCAAGAUAUCCAAGGAUGCCAUUCCGGAGGAACAAGACUCAAAUGGUGCCUUGAAUGGUAAUGGCAAUGGGAAGGCUUCCACAUCAAACGGUCAUCUUGCGCCUCCUCAACCCACAACGCCAAUAGGAUGGUCCUGGCGCGACUUUAGUCGCAGUCCCAGUCCACUCGGUUUGAUUCCUAUCCACCGACACUGGAGAACAUUUGUGCACAAGCACGAGGUACCCCGCAAAGUGCUGCACGUAUCGAUUGGAUUCUUCGUCAUUUGGCUUUACGUGACCGGCACCCAGACAACCUCGGUGACUCCAUGGCUCAUGUCAGCGCUCAUUCCUAUUACGACGGUCGACUGGCUCCGACACCGAUACGCCUCUUUCAACCGAUUUUACGUCAAGGCCCUGGGUGCUCUGAUGCGUGAGAGCGAGUACUCCGGCUGGAACGGUGUCAUCUUCUACCUUUUGGGGGCCUGGAUCGUUCUCUACGGAUUCCCCAAGGAUAUUGGCAUCAUGAGUGUUCUCCUUCUCAGUUGGUGCGAUACCGCCGCUAGCACCUUUGGUCGACUUUGGGGCCGAUACACUCCUCGCCUUCGCAAGGGCAAGUCUCUUGCUGGCUCUACCGCUGCGUUCCUUGUUGGCGUCGCUACAUCGUAUUUCUUUUACGGCUGGCUCGUGCCCACCAUAGGUCCUUUCCCUGGCGACGAGAACUUCAUGUUCAAGGGCAUUCUCUCGCUGCCCAAGACCAUUUGCGAAGCUGUCGGCGUUUCGCAGGAGCAGACUACCAUCUCUGGCGCAGUCGCCCUGGGCGUUAUGAGCAUCUGGUCCGGCUUCGUGGCUUCUGCCAGCGAAGUCGUAGACAUCUUCGGCUGGGAUGACAACCUCACGAUCCCCGUCCUUAGUGGUAUUGGUAUCUGGGGAUUCCUCAAAGUCUUCUCAUAG